CUGUUUUGUUCCUGUUCUCGGAUUAUAUAAUAAUACCUACUCUACAACAUCGUCUUCAUCUGUUGGUGUGAGGAGAACCGUUGUUGCUGUGCGAGUUCUCAGGUGACGUCGACCAAGAAAAGAAUGAACGGCCUUCUGAGCCAAUGGCAAAAUGGAAGCGAGUCCUGCAGCCAAUCGGAGUAUUGGAAAUUGUUGCUGACGAUAGUGGGCGGUGUCUCAUGGGAGGUUCCGUAUUCCCUUAAUAAACCUGAGGAAUACUUUUGUGCUGAAUUAAUAAUUUUAGCUAGUCUCCUUUCUCAGUCAUGUUGACCGAUGGCAUACAAUUAAUAUUUUAAUCGUUUAAUUUUCAAGUUACGACAUUCCUAAGUGAAAAUUGUAGGUUUUUGUUCGUGCCAAGGACAUACUUUUCUCUUUGUCAGCGAGACCUCUUUGUCCAAUUAACGAAAUUCCAGUUGUUCUAAAAGUCCGUGGACAUUUUUCCGGUUAUUUCCAGCUACCACCAUUUUAGUUCUAUUUGCUGUCCCAAUUUUGAGUUACAGGUAGCGAUGUGUGUUUAGUGUGUUUAGAUGUACCAAAUAUAGUCAUUUGACAGUGAACGCACCAAUAAUAUAUUCUUGUCUCGAUUGCCAAACUUUAAAGCCUUUAGUUAGUCUGCAUUUAGUUCUGCGUCUGUUGUAUCGUUAAUAGUCGAUUGUAUAAUCAAAUAAUACAUUAUUGCAAAAUUUAAAAAACAAAAAUAUAUUAUUUUGAUCUCUUUUUUAAAUUUUGGGUUAACUUCAUCUAAAUAUAUUCACUCUGAAUGAAAGGAAAUGUUAAGUGGGGCUCAGAAAGAUAAGUAUCUUCUGUUCACUACAGUAACCUGGACAACACUGUACACUCUCGCGAGAUUUCCCCGUCCGUCGAGAGGGGUUGGUGCGAGAAAAAGUGGAAAAUUGAACGCUUGGUGCAUUUGUUAAACAGCUAAUGAGCUAUGUUUUGAUCUGAUCGACGAUCUUUAAAUAUCACAGUAUAACAUAUCGUAUAUUGAAUAGUUUCAAUUUGCGGCGUGAAUUUUCGUCCUACGCGUGAGCUCUAAAGCGGCUUGAUAGGGGGCGGUUAUUUAUUACGGUUGUUUUUUUUUUCUUUUCCGCUCGCUACAUAGGCUAGCAAUGCUAAUGCUAGCCGUUUAGCUUUGUUUACAUCAAAUGCGCGCCUGUACUCCGUUAGCCUCUUUGCUAUUUAAACAACCUAGCAACCGUAGCGCCUAUUUGAUUGUUUGGAAAUACACAGUAAAACAGUUAUUGUUGGACUUUUGACUGCUCACAUGGCCAACAUUUUUCACAGACUUACAUGAAACGUUUGCCUGACGCCGCAGGCUAAGUCUAGCGACAUCAUGCUAACCUCAUUAUUAUGGCUUCAGUGAUCAUUUGUUGUGCUGUUCGCUUCGCACGGCAUCGGAAAUUAUGUGACUAGGUAAAAGGUACAAUUGAACAUUAAACAACGCAAACGGUUACCGCGCAAAUAAUUGCUAUAGAAUAAUCCAGCGUGGUGACCGUAGACGUCAGUUAGCUGCUUGCGAAGCUAACGUGGUACGCCUUGAGAGAUGUCCAUGAUGUCUGUAUGUUAUUGUUGAAUCGUAUGCUUUAUAAUGACACACUGGAGAAACUGAUUGCUGCACGGGGCAUCGGUUUGUUUAUUUUUACACGCACAUCCUGGGACUUGAUCUUUGGACUACCAUCGUUUCAAGUGACUGGAAUCUAUUGCCCCUGCGGGCCGGGUGCUCCGCAAUGAACCCCGUUAAUGCAACCGCUCUGUAUGUAUCGGCCAGUCGGGCCGUACUGCAGUGUGACCCGCGGCAGCCGCACACCUUCGCGGACAUGUACAACUUACUGCCCUUCUUCCGACAGUCCCUGUCAUGCCUCGUUUGUGGUAAACUGCUGCAGGAUCCUCUUUCCCCCACACAUCCAGAGUGUCAGCAUUAUGUCUGCUUGGGCUGUAAAGGCCAGCAGAUGCAGAUCAAAUGCAGCCGCUGUAAGGACUAUUCCAGCUUUCAGGAAAACAAACAGCUGUCCUUGCUCGUCCAGUGCUACAAGAAGCUGUGCCUCUAUGUGAUUCAUUCGCCGCUGCUGCCGUUGGUCAGCAGCGUCACAGGAGGAUCUCCAGAGGUGAUGACGUUACUAGAGGAAGAGCUAACCACACACCAAGAGGAAAUGGAUACUGAGGACCCAAGUGUUGCACAGGUAGAAAUGACUGCCUCUGCACCAGAGUCCCUGACCCCGACUGAGGCACCACCUGUUCCUGCCGAACUCUCGGCAGUACCUCAGAGCUCUUCCUCUGACCCUCUCUCUUCUAAUGGACCACAGGAAUGCAAUGGAGAGGUGUUAAAUGAAGUAGAUCCGCCCUCUCCUGAGCUGGAGGUAUGUGAGUUGGUCGAGGAGCAGCCACCGACGGGCCUGUCUGUUUCCAGUACAGAUUGCGGUGGUCUGGAACUAAGUUUGACCACUGGAUCUUUAGCACCAACUCCAGGCACCGUGUGCACACUCAGGGAUGGAGAAUCUGGGAGCAGGGAGUUGGAGGAAGGGGAGGUGUUGCUCCUCAGCGUGGAGGAUGUUUUAGAGACUUUGGAUCCCCUUCAGCCGGGUCAAGAUUCUGCUCACACUUAUUCGGACAGGACACACGCUCACACACACAUAGCCACGGACACAGCUAUGUACAUACAGCUGGAUACAGCUCAUAACUACACACAGAUUCAAACUGACAGGACUAACACAAUGAAAACUCAAGGUGCUCACAAACACACACAAACACAGACUUUUGAUCCCGCCCCUUCGUCGAAACCCCCACCUAUCCGCCUUAACCGUAAACGGUCUCAUUCAGAGAGUGACAGGGAAAAGGUGAAGCCCCUCCCUAUCACCUCCAUCCUACAGGGUUCAUGUUCACAAUCACACCCUCCGAAACCACCUCAUACGCCACUCACUCAACCAUCCACUCCCGCAUUAACUGUACCAGCACACACCUACUCAUCCCUAACUAACGGAGCAACCCCUAAGCCCAGUCGCCCUGUUCCCGUUCACAAUAAAAAUGCCAGGAAGCACGUUGAUCCAGUCCCUAAAAAACCACAUGCGAAGGCCCGCAACAGUGGAGGCUCAAAGACUAAAGACAAGGGCAAAGAGCAGCGGGUAAUGUCUGGCUGCCUGGUGCCUCCAGCUCCCGUUAGGCCUCCGUACAAAAAGCCAGUGGAGAAGAAAGGGUGCAAGUGUGGAAGAGCAACACAGAAUCCCUCUGUACUGACCUGCAGGGGGCAGCGUUGUCCUUGUUAUUCAAACCGCAAGGCUUGCUUGGAUUGUAUCUGCCGAGGCUGCCAGAACUCUUACAUGGCCAACGGUGAGAAGAAGCUGGAGGCCUUCGCAGUUCCCGAGAAAGCCCUGGAACAGACGCGGCUCACGCUCGGCAUCAACCUCACCAGCAUCACGGCGGCAGCAGCACUCCGCAACCCGGCGACCACCAGCAUCCGUGCAAACACCCUCCUCAACGUCUCCACAGCAACAGGAACUCCCGUGACCACAGCCUUCCUGGCCCCCAGUCCCCCACAAGAGCCCACCUAUGAGGACAGCCUGGAGCUGCUGAUUGGUUGAGAGGCUGGGACUCCCAAAAAACAUAUAACAGACAGCACAGUGCUGAUUGAAUGUGACGGCUGAUCAAUGCGUCUGUCAGACAACCUGUACCUCCCACCUUCCACAGGGGAGGCGAUCUUAGGCAGCUAUGGGUCUGUCCUGUCCUGUAACCUGCUCUUAUUCUGUGUUGGAAAAUGCUGAGUAGUAAGACUAGCAUGGGUGUGCCAAAGCCUCCUGUAUUGUGCCUGUCUGCCAGUGUGUAUUGUUGCCUGUCUGUAGUUUAACACUUAUACUCAGUUGCAGAACUGUUCUGUAUUUCAGAGGUGCUUUCUGUUUGUUUUUGUUUUAUCACAGUCAUACUGUAAGAGGCAAUAGGAACCCUAUACCAAGUCUUGUGUUUUUUAUGUGUGUCUGCGCGUGCAUGUGCGUGUUUGUUUGUGUGCGUGCGUGCAUAAUGUCAACGAGCUGCAUCAUGAAAUCUUAGUUACUCGGCACAGCAUUUCUCCAUGUUUAAGUGUUAGCCUAGGUUUGUUGAAGAAAUGCAUCGUUAAUACCUGGACGACCCUCGUUAACAUUCGACCAUGUAUGUGUUCACACCUCUGUUGUGAAAGACUCUUGCGACUAAUGUGUUGUAAACCCUUCACAGAAGACUGUAUGCCUUUUUAUAUCUCAUUGUGUAUGCGUUAUUGUACAGACAGAGAGAAAAUGUCAAAGAUCUGGGCUGGAUCCACAGUUAUCUCUGCAUGUGGGUGACACUGUUUUCAAACAUGUACUCCUUAAAAGACCUAGGAAGCUGGGCUCGCAAAUAAGUGAGAAAUCACUCUUCCCAGUAGAAAGUGAUGGGAAAUUAGUGGGGUGUGAUGCAUUAACAACUGUAGGAAAUGUAUGGGAAACACAGAUACUGUUUUCACUAAGUCAAUGUUUGAUGAGGCUGAUCUGUUGGUAGGGUUGAAAUAACUAAUAUUAUGAACAAAUAAUUCCAUCCAAACCUCAACAGAUCAAAACAUUUUAAAAACAAACAAGCAAUAAAAUUGUUAUUUUUUUCUAGCGGAUUUCCAGACACCAUCUAACCAAACUACUAAUAAUCUAUACCAGCAGACGACAUUGUCGCAGGAAGUUGCAGAUUCUCUGCAUGUGACAGGUCGUCGUUUUUUGCCUGUGGUCUAAUCAAGGGACCUGUAGGUGUCAAGAUGUUAGGAAACUUAACCAAUCAUUCACCAUGAACUUAACAACCAAUUUUCUGCUUAAUUAUCACAUCAACCUAGUCUGAUUUAGUCAUUUAUGCAUAUAUAGAUAUAUGUAUAUAUAUUAUAAGUACAUGUUUGGAAGCAGCUUGUGAGUGAGAGUCUGUACGUAGGAAUAUGUAAGCCUGCUGCAGUUUACUGUAAGCGCUUAGGCUCCCUGAUCAUCUAACUGAAAACUAAAACCAUGCUCAUUCUCAAAUAGCAAUAGUAUCCUCCACAGAGAGCUCCCCAGCUCAGACAUACACAAAACAGUUGUUUACCAUGUUUGGACUGUAGCUACAAUCUUGACCCAUUGCGUUUGUGAUCACAGGAUUGUACAAAAGUGUGUGAUCGUGUGUAGGUUACCUGAAGCCAUAGGUUGAUAUUAACGAGACAAAAUACUUUGUGUGUAUACAUGAUUAUGUCCUGACUGAUUAGAGACCAACUCAGAGCCUAUUUUUGAUACCAAGUGUAUGAGGUUUGGUUCCAUUGUCUUUUUGUGUGCGUAUGUGCGUUUUGGUUAAAGCACCUUGAAGACCUCCUAUAGCUCCCGCCCUCCCCCCCAGAGGCUGUCGUGUCUGUGUUUACUGUCUCAGCGUUAGUACCACACAUUUUCAGUUCAGUCACAGUGACCAAAAAGAGACUGACGGUGAUAGAGUUAGAAAUAACGGACUCAGGCAGACCAAACCAACACCUACGUUCUCUGACCACAGAGCAGGAAGCAGCAGGUGGAUUACAGUAUGAUCAGCAAACACGGCCUAUCUUCCUACCUGUUUUCUUUGUGUAUGUUUUUAAAAUGUAUUUCUUUUGGGCAUUACUUGAACCCUGACCUUGUGUUUUUGUCUUUUUUAAUGUAAAAACUUGGUUGACGAGUGACUUAUUAUUGCUGAAACAUUCACUGCCAUAAUAUGGACAUGUAAUACAACAUGAAUUAAAAGAUAGUUUUUUACUUUUUCA